CUUUUUUUUGAUCAACAUCUCAUUUGCAUUUCAUCCGAUACCGAUACCUUACGAUCUUAUCUAUUCCUUAUACCCAUAUUAUCCUUCAGUAUUUCUGCAUGUCAUUCCUUUUCACCGCCAUCAAGGACUACGUAUACCCUGCAGAGGGCUCGGCCGCUGUCGAGAACACCGGUAGCAAUGAAGCCAAGAAGGAUGGCCAAACCAACACAUUCAACCACCCUUACAGCUCUAAGCAAAGCAACAGCGGCAGAAUCAUUGUCCAACCUCCCACCUCCACUGGCCUCUCAAUCCCUUCUGUCAAUCUAAAUAGCCUACAACCACCCUCUGUACGAGACUCAGACUCGGACUCGGACUCGGAUAAAGAGUCCGAUGUUAAAGUAGUCGUACCCAACCCUGUAGCUCCAACCGGAUCAACACCCACCAUGACACUCUCAACAGCAGAUGCACCAGAGGAAUCAACACCUAGUUUCCCUGCUCUGAAUGGACCUCAACGUCUAGCAGCUUGUUCUACAGAUCCAAAGUCAAAGAGAAGGAUCAAGUUUGCUCUUGCACCAGGGCACUCGCCACUCGAUUGGGCUCGCCUAACGAACUCUGGUACUGAUUUAAGGGGUGUCUCAACUCUAGGACGGUACACUCUUUCAGAUAUCAAAGCCCACAAUAAGCCUGACGACGCUUGGACAGUUCUAAACGGAAAGGUAUAUAACAUCACGCCGUAUCUACCAUUCCAUCCAGGUGGAGAGAAGGAGCUCAUGCGGUGUGCUGGACGAGAUGGAACGCGACUCUUCAAUCUGACGCACAAGUGGGUCAAUUAUGAUUACAUGCUCAAGGAGUGCCAGGUUGGGUUCUUAGUCUCGGAGGCACCUUCUUCAUACCAGCUUUCCGCUUAAGUUAUUCCUCG